CUCCUUCUCCUGGGAGGUGGAGAGAGAGGGAGAAGGGGAGGGGGGAAUCCCGACGGUCGUAUCCGGCUCGCCGUCUCCUGAACAGCCACGAGAGGCUGCCAAGAGCGGGGCCGGGGUUCGCCCCCUCAGGACCCGCCGCGGACCCGCCAUCCCCCUCACGAGGGGAAAUGGCCUGAGGAAGGCGCGUGAGUCCAGCGGGGCGGCGAGUUAUGGGGGCAGCGCGCGCGCAAAUAGCUAACAGCCUUUGACCACCAUGAGUUGGAGUUUCCUGACACGUCUCCUCGAAGAAAUCCACAACCACUCCACGUUCGUUGGGAAGAUCUGGUUGACGCUGCUGAUCGUCUUCCGCAUCGUCCUCACCGCCGUGGGAGGGGAGUCCAUCUACUACGAUGAGCAGAGCAAAUUCGUGUGCAACACGGAACAGCCGGGCUGCGAGAACGUUUGCUACGACGCUUUUGCCCCGCUCUCCCACGUCCGCUUUUGGGUUUUCCAGAUCAUCCUCGUCUCCACUCCCUCGGUGAUGUACCUGGCCUACGCCAUUCACAAAAUCGCCCGGAUGGUGGAGCACGGCGAGACGGAGAGAAAGUUCCGAAGCAAGCCCUUCCCCAUGCGCUGGAAACAGCACCGGGGCUUGGAAGAGGCCGAGGACGACCACGAAGAGGACCCGAUGAUGUACCCAGAGAUCGAGCUGGAGAGCGAGAACAAGGAAAACCCGCCUCCGACCAAAGUGAAGCACGACGGCAGGAGGCGCAUCCGAGAGGACGGCCUUAUGAAGAUUUAUAUACUGCAACUCCUGAGCAGGACUGUUUUUGAAAUUGGCUUCCUGGUCGGCCAGUAUUUCCUCUACGGGUUCGAGGUGAGCCCGAGAUUCCUCUGCAGCCGGAAGCCGUGUCCGCACACGAUAGACUGCUUCAUUUCGCGGCCUACGGAAAAAACCAUCUUCCUGCUCAUCAUGUACGGCGUGAGCUGCCUGUGUCUACUUCUGAACGUGUGGGAAAUGCUCCACUUGGGGUUCGGCACCAUCCGGGACACGCUGAACAAUAAGCAGAAAGAGCUGGAGGACUCGGGGACUUACAACUACCCGUUCACUUGGAACACGCCGUCCGCGCCUCCGGGCUACAACAUCGCGGUGAAGCCCGACCAGAUCCAGUACACGGAACUGUCCAACGCCAAAAUGGCCUACAAGCAGAACAAGGCGAACAUCGCCCAAGAGCAGCAAUACGGCAGCAACGAGGAGAACAUCCCCACCGAGUUGGAGACCCUCCAGCGGGAAAUCAAAGUCGCCCAGGAACGCUUAGACCUCGCCAUCCAAGCCUACAACAACCAGAACAACCCAACCUGCUCCAAGGAGAAGAAGCCAAAGGGCAGCUCAAAUAAAAGCAGCGGCAGCAGCAAGUCGGGGGAUGGGAAAACCUCGGUCUGGAUUUGACACUGCCCCGCCUGGGAAUUAACGCUGCGCUGCUUACGCCGACCAGCAGACUCGCUGCCGAAGGAAUUCCCAUAAAUAAAAUGUUUGGCUUUGUUUAAGUUCAGGGGUGUUUGGGGCUGCCAAAGGACACUCUCCAAAGGGGCGGGGGCGGGGGGGAGAAGAAGCGUUUGUGCUCACAUUCCACUGUUUCCAGAACAUUUAUUUCUUGUUUCUUCCAGGUCAGGAGAAGACCCGGGUUUAUUUUUUUAUUUUUUAAAAACCCAAUCAUUCUCGUUGGAACGGUUUACACUGUGUGUACAGCAUUAUGGUACAUUUUAUUAUGCACAAUUUUUGGUAUUUGUACAUUGGAUAUCUCAGUUAUACUUUUUAUAUUAAAAGGAAACAAAGUUGGUAA